UUCAGCCUUAGGGCACCGAGGUUUGGUUUCUAGAGAGAGAGAAAGAGAGGAAGUUUGAGAGAGAGAGGGAGGAGCCAUGGAAGCACUGGUUGGAGAGCUCAAGAAAGAGCAACUGGGUCUGGCUCUCCUGCUCGGCCUGCCUUUUGUGUAUCUGUUGUGGCGGUUGGCCGUCGGGCGGAAGCGGCCGCUCCCACCGGGGCCGCGCCCUCGUCCCAUAGUUGGUAACAUGGCGUUGAUGGAUCAGCUCACACACAGGGGCCUGGCGAAGCUGGCGAGGCCGUAUGGCGGGCUCAUGUACCUGAGGCUCGGGUUCAUGCCCAAUGUUGUGGUUUCGACACCGGAGAUGGCGAAGCAGGUGCUCCAGGUUCAGGACAACACUUUCUCGAACCGGCCGGCGACGAUAGCCAUCCAGUAUCUGACGUAUGACCGGGCGGACAUGGCUUUUGCGCACUACGGGCCGUUCUGGAGGCAGAUGAGGAAGCUGUGCGUGAUGAAGCUGUUCAGCAGGAGGAGGCCGGAGUCGUGGAGGCCGGUGCGGGAAGAGGUGGAUGCCAUGGUGAAGGCGGUGGCCACCAAGGCCAAGACAGAGCCUGGCAUGCCUGUGAACGUCGGCGAGCUGGUGUUCGGGCUAACGAGGAACAUCACGUUCAAGGCCGCCUUCGGGUCGGCGCUGGGGGAAGGGCAGGAUAUGUUCAACUCGCUGUUGCAGGAGUUCUCGAGGCUCUUCGGCGCCUUCAACAUCGGAGACUUCUUGCCGGUGCUCAGCUGGAUGGACCUGCAGGGCAUCAACAAGAGGCUGCGCAACGCCAGGCAGAGCCUCGACCACUUCAUCGACAAGAUCAUCGAUGAUCACAUGGCCAGCGCCGGCCAGAAGGACGAACGCACGCUUGAUAUGGUGGACGACAUGCUCGUUCACCUCGGCGAUGGCCCCGCAAGCAAUGACGACACGGACACUGCUGCUCUCAAACUCACCAGGGACAACAUCAAGGCCAUAAUCAUGGACGUGAUGUUUGGCGGGACUGAGACAGUGGCCUCGGCCAUCGAAUGGGCCAUGGCGGAGCUGAUGCACAAUCCGCAGGAGAUGCAAAAGGUUCAAGACGAGCUGAAGAAGGUGGUGGGUCUGAACCGACAAGUCCAAGAGGGCGACCUGGAGAACCUAACAUACCUCAAGUGCGUCGUCAAAGAGGUCCUCCGCCUCCACCCGCCGAUCCCCCUCCUCCUCCACGAGACCGCAGAGGAGACCGAGGUCAGCGGCUACAGGAUACCGAAGCAGUGCCGCGUCAUGAUCAACGUCUGGGCUAUCGGCCGGGACCCCAAAUCAUGGCCCGAUCCCGACGCUUUCAAGCCCGAGCGGUUCACCAAGGAGAACGCCUACGAUUUCAAGGGAAGCUGCUUCGAGUUCCUUCCCUUCGGCUCUGGCCGGCGCUCGUGCCCGGGUAUGCAGCUGGGGCUCUAUGGGUUGGAGAUGGCCGUGGCCCAUCUGGUUCACUCCUUCGACUGGUCUUUGCCCGAUGGGAUGAAGUCCAAGGACAUGGACAUGAGCGAUUCGUUCGGGCUCACCGCGCCCAAGGCCCAACGCCUGGUGGCCCUGGCAACGGUUCGCCUCAGCUGCGACCUCCUCGCCUCUUAGGGCUUGAACAUAGACCACCCGGUCAAUACGGGCUUUGAACCACCCCUCCCUUCUAUACGUCCAUUGUCGUGAGUGGAGGUGGAGGGCUUUUGACUUUUUAUAUAAGUGUGUUUCUUUGUUUUUGUUCUUUUGUUCUAUUUUCUUCAACUUCGUCAUAGACUAAUUUAAAUACACUGCGGAUUGUGAUUUACAUCAUUUUCAUUC